AUGGCCAAGUUCUCCUUCGCCGACGCCGACGCCGACGAAGACCCUCCUCCCGCCACCGCCGCUGCCGCCGGGUCCGACAAGAGGAAGCGGGACGGAAGCCCUGCCCCUGACGACGGGGCGGCUGGUGGAGGGCCGCCCCCCGAGGCCCGGAGACUGGAGGUCGCGGGCGGCGAGCGGGAGGAGAGGGCGGUGGCGGGGUGCGGUCGGGAGGUGGGGAGGGUCGGCGCCGGCGGGGAUGGCGACGCGGUGGGGAUCAGCAUGCGGAUCGACCCGGACCUGCUGGACUGCUCCAUCUGCUUCGAGCCCCUCUGCCCUCCCCUCUACCAGGUGGUAGGGAAGGAGUUGUUCGGGCUUCUGAGGGAGAAGCACGGGGACUGGUUUCAAUCUUUCAUCUGUGAAAAGAUCGUCCCAUUGGCCGGAGAUGUGAUGCGUGAGGACUUUGGCGUCGACAGCGAGACCCUGAGGGAGCUCCGGGUGACCCAGGAGCUCGAUGUCAUCGUUAAUGGCGCCGCCACCACCAACUUCUACGAAAGGUAUGAUGUGGCCCUGGACGUGAACGUGAUGGGAGUGAAGCAUAUGUGCAACUUCGCCAAGAAGUGCCCCAAUCUCAAGGUGCUCCUCCAUGUCUCCACGGCUUAUGUUGCGGGUGAGAAGCAAGGACUCGUGCAAGAGAGACCAUUCAAGAAUGGCGAGACGCUGCUCGAGGGGACCCACCUCGAUAUCGACACCGAGCUGAAACUGGCCAAGGACCUGAAAAAGCAGCUUGAGGCCGACGCCGACUCGUCGCCCAAGUCCCAAAGGAAGGCCAUGAAGGACCUUGGCAUCACCAGGGCCCGGCACUUCGGGUGGCCGAACACAUACGUGUUCACCAAGUCGAUGGGGGAGAUGGUGCUGGGCCAGUUGAAGUGUGAUCUCCCUGUUGUCAUCGUCCGUCCCAGCAUCAUCACCAGUGUCCAGAACGACCCACUGCCCGGAUGGAUCGAAGGCACCAGGACGAUCGACACGAUCGUGAUCGGCUAUGCGAAGCAGAACCUGACAUACUUCUUGGCGGACCUCAACCUCACCAUGGAUGUGAUGCCGGGCGACAUGGUGGUGAAUGCGAUGAUGGCUGCCAUCGUGGCGCACAGCUCGUCCUCAUUGGAGAAGACACAGUCACAUCCCGAGCCACACGCACCGGCGGUGUACCACGUGAGCUCGUCGCGGCGUAACCCGGCGCCGUACAAUGUGCUGCACGAGGCUGGGUUUCGGUACUUCACGGAGCACCCUCGGGUGGGCCCUGACGGCCGCACGGUGCGCACCCAUAAGAUGACAUUCCUCAGCAGCAUGGCUUCCUUCCACCUCUUUAUGAUGCUCAGGUACCGCCUCCUCCUUGAGCUCCUCCACCUGCUCUCCGUCCUCUGUUGUGGCCUCUUCGGCCUCGACACCCUCUACCACGACCAAGCACGCAAGUACAGGUUCGUGAUGCACCUGGUGGAUCUGUAUGGGCCCUUCGCGCUGUUCAAGGGCUGCUUCGAUGACGUCAACCUAAACAAGCUCAGGCUCGCCAUGACCAGCAACCAUGGAAGCCUCUUUAAUUUCGACCCCAAGACCAUUGACUGGGACGAUUACUUCUACAGCGUCCACAUCCCCGGGGUCCUAAAGCACAUGCUCAACUGA